UGUCUGGUAACAAUCAAUGCUGAUUAAGCUUUGUUUGGGCGAUUUAAAGCCCAAAAGGUUUGACCUAUCGGUUCCUAUCAGUUCACUGUUUAAACAAACCGGAAUCAGUGACUCGUGUCAGCCUACUACCACAAGACAAUGUAAUAUAAGGUGGUUCAAGCGAGAUGGCAUUCUUAAUACGCUGUGAUCUGUGAUUUUCACCAUAUUAACUAAACCAAAGAUAAAAUAAAUUGAGCAAACAUGUCAUCUGUAAAAGUGGCAGUGAGGGUUCGGCCCUUUAACAACAGGGAGAUAUCCAGGGAGUGCAAAUGUAUUAUUGAAAUGGCCGGAUACACCACAUCUAUUACAAACCCAAAAGCACCACCAGGAACAAAAGACGCUGUCAAAAGCUUCAAUUAUGAUUACUCUUACUGCUCACAUGAUCCUACCGACCCAAAUUUUACAUCUCAAAUCAUGGUUUAUAAAGAUAUUGGCGAGGAAAUGUUAGAACAUGCUUUUGAAGGUUACAAUGUUUGCAUAUUUGCUUACGGACAAACCGGCGCUGGAAAGUCUUAUACAAUGAUGGGCCGACAAGAUGAGGAUGGUCAAGAAGGAAUUAUACCACAAAUCUGUAAAGAUCUUUUUGAUAGGAUCAGAAACACAACUUCAGAAGAUCUUCGCUAUUCGGUUGAAGUCAGUUAUAUGGAAAUUUACUGUGAGCGUGUGAGAGAUUUAUUAAAUCCAAAAAAUAAAGGAAACCUUAGAGUCAGGGAGCACCCUCUUUUAGGUCCUUAUGUUGAAGAUCUUUCAAAACUCGCUGUAACUAACUAUGAAGAUAUCCACAACCUUAUCGAUGAAGGGAACAAAGCAAGAACUGUGGCUGCAACUAACAUGAAUGAAACAUCAAGCAGAUCACAUGCAGUAUUCACUAUAUUUUUCACCCAGCAGCGUGUUGAUAAUCUAACAUCAUUGACAACUGAAAAAGUCAGCAAAAUUUCUUUGGUGGACCUUGCUGGCUCCGAAAGGGCAGAUUCCACUGGUGCAAAAGGAACAAGGCUCAAAGAAGGAGCAAAUAUUAACAAAAGUCUGACCACUUUGGGAAAAGUCAUUUCUGCACUUGCAGAAAUUUCAGCCACUAAAAAAAAGAAGAAAGAGAACUUCAUUCCAUACAGGGAUUCUGUUCUUACCUGGUUGUUGAGGGAAAAUCUCGGUGGUAAUUCUAAAACAGCAAUGAUUGCUGCUAUAAGUCCUGCUGAUAUUAACUAUGAUGAGACGUUAUCAACCCUUAGAUAUGCUGAUCGGGCCAAACAAAUUAUGUGCAAAGCUGUUGUCAAUGAAGAUGCCAAUGCUAAACUCAUCAGGGAACUCAAAGAAGAAAUUCAACGCCUGCGAGAUCUUUUAAAAGCAGAGGGCAUCGAAGUUCACGAAGAUGGUAAAGUGAUUUACGAAAAGGCUAAAGACUCUAAUAGGGAUGAUGGUAUGAAAGUGAUGAAAUCUGAAGAGGGCGAAGAAAAGAAAAUGACUCCUUCUUCUACCAUUGCAGAAGAAGCUGUUGACCAACUUCAAGCGAGUGAAAAAUUAAUUGCCGAACUGAAUGAGACAUGGGAAGAGAAACUUAAGCGAACGGAGGAAAUAAGAGUGCAACGAGAAGCCAUAUUUGCUGAGAUGGGUGUUGCUGUCAAAGAAGAUGGUGAUACUGUUGGUGUAUUUUCACCAAAGAAGACUCCCCAUUUGGUCAACUUAAAUGAAGAUCCCUCUAUGUCAGAAUGUCUGUUGUAUUAUAUUAAAGAUGGCUUAACAAGAGUAGGGAGUGGGGAAGCAAAUGUACCUCAAGAUAUUCAAUUGAAUGGGUCUCAUAUUCUUGGAGAACAUUGUAUUUUUGAAAACCGAGAGGGCAUUGUGACUUUAAAACCACUUCCUGGCGCUGACUGUUAUGUAAAUGGCCGACAAGUCUCAGAUUCCGAAGUUCUUCGAACUGGCUCGCGUGUCAUUCUUGGGAAAAACCAUGUCUUCAGAUUUAACCAUCCUGUCCAGGCCCGUGAAAACAGAGAGAAGAUCAUCACAGAAAUCAAAGAAGACAAGCCUGAAGUUAUAGGCAAAGCAUCACCUGCAGAAACGCCCAACAAUUCAGAAAUAGUCGACUGGGACUUUGCACAAAUCGAGCUUUUGGAGAAACAGGGAAUAGAUUUGAAACAGGAAAUGAACAAACGUCUACUAGCUCUAGAAGAACAAUUUAGAAAAGAGAAAGAAGAUGCUGAUCAAAAAUUUGAAGAACAAAGAAAGACUUAUGAGGCCAGAAUUGAUGCUUUGCAAAAGCAAGUCGAAGAGCAAAGUAUGACAAUGUCCAUGUAUAGUUCAUACACACCAGAAGACUUUCCUCAUGAGGAAGAUAUUUUUGUCAAUCCACUGUUCGAUGCUGCUUGUAAUUGGACUGAUAGGGAAUUCCAACUCGCCAGCUGGGCUUUUCGUAAAUGGAAAUAUCAUCAGUUCACAUCUCUGCGCGAUGAUCUUUGGGGAAAUGCAAUAUUUUUAAAAGAAGCCAAUGCAAAAUCUGUUGAAUUGAAGAAGAGGGUGCAAUUUCAGUUUACUUUAUUGACAGGAACAUUAUAUUCUCCUCUGCCACCUGAUUUGAUACCUAAUGACAUUGAUGAUGAUUUAGAAAGACCAUAUCCCAGGACUAUAGUUGCUGUUGAAGUGUUGGAUACGAAAAAUGGAGCUACUUACUAUUGGUCCCUUGAGAAAUUAAGAAACCGGUUGGAACUGAUGAGGCAUAUAUACAAUGAAGAUCUCACAAGUCCUGUAACACCAGAACAGAGAAUGGAGGACUUUUUCCAUUGUCUAAAUCAACCAUUCAAUCUUGCCAAUCUUUUGCCUUCGAGGCAAAGACUUGAACUGAUGAGGGAAAUGUAUCAUAAUGAGGCUGAAUUAUCACCAACUUCUCCAGACUAUAACAUUGAAUCUAUAGCAAGGGGAGAUCCAUUUUAUGAUAGAUUUCCAUGGUUUAGAAUGGUCGGGAGGUCAUUUGUUUAUUUGAGUAACCUGCUUUACCCAGUUCCUUUAAUCCAUAAAGUAGCCAUUGUCAAUGAAAAAGGAGAUGUCAAAGGGUACUUAAGAAUAGCUGUUCAAGCUAUAAUGGAAGAUGAAAACACUGAAAAUGGUAGUGGUGUAAGACAAUCAGCGAGGAUUGUUUUCAAUGAUACACAACUCAUGGCUCCACCAAAAGGCAAAAAGGCUCUCACCGAACGAGUCGUCGAAGGCCAGAUUGAUAAGCCUGAAGAAGAUUUUAUUGAAGGAGAUGUUGAAGACGGAGACAGUGGAAAAGGAGAAAGCUGUGUUGAUGUGGAUGAAAAAGAAGACGACCCGCCACAACAUCUUAAUAUCGGGGUUGAUUUCACUUUUAAAGUCACUGUUUUACAAGCUGUAGGAAUACCUGCUGAAUAUUCAGACAUAUUCUGUCAAUUCAACUUCCUACACAGACACGAUGAAGCUUUUUCAACAGAACCUGUUAAAAACACUGGGAAAAACAACCCACUUCAAUUUUAUCAUGUACAAAAUAUCACUGUGACAGUGACAAAAUCUUUCUUGGACUACAUGAAAACCCAGCCAAUUGUAUUUGAAGUUUUUGGCCAUUAUCAACAACAUCCAUUACAUAAAGAUGCAAAGCAGGAAGGAAACAUUGGUGUAAGACAACCUCCUAAACGAAUGUUGCCACCAUCUAUCCCAAUAAGCCAACCAGUUCGUUCACCGAAAUUUGGUGAACUUCCUCUUCCUUGCACGUCACAUGUUCAUGCCAAAUAUGACAUUCUGGUUUGGUUUGAAAUUUGUGAAUUAGCACCCAAUGGUGAAUAUGUACCAACUGUUGUUGAACACAGUGAUGAUCUGCCUUGCCGAGGUCUAUUUUUACUCCAUCAAGGAAUUCAAAGAAGAAUUAGGGUAACUUUAGUACAUGAACAAGCUCAGGAGCUAAAAUGGAAAGAUGUAAAGGAACUCGUAGUUGGCCGUAUCAGGACUACACCGGAACCAGAAGAAGAAGAUAAUGAUAGUUGUGUUUUAUCUUUGGGUCUAUUCCCUGGAGAAAUUGUCCAGCUUCCAGGAGAUGACAGAUGCAUGUUUAGGUUUGAAGCUGCCUGGGACAGUUCGCUUCACAAUUCUCCGCUUCUCAACAGGGUUUCCAGUGGAGAACAGAUUUUCAUGACGAUAUCAGCUUACCUUGAAUUGGAAAACUGUGGUCGACCAGCAAUCAUAACAAAAGACUUGAGUUUGGUCAUCUACGGAAGAGAUGCACGUACCGGACCUCGAUCUCUCAGACAUCUCUUCACAGGGACUUACAGAAACGCUGAAGCUAAUAGACUCUCGGGAAUUUAUGAACUUGUAUUGAAGAGAGCGUCCGAAGCAGGUAGCCCAGGUGUACAACGAAGGCAAAGAAGAGUUUUAGACACAAGUUCAACAUAUGUCCGUGGUGAAGAAAAUCUGGAUGGCUGGAGACCUCGUGGUGAUAGCUUAAUCUUUGACCACCAAUGGGAACUUGAGAAGUUGACAAGACUUGAAGAGGUGGAAAGAGUAAGACACACUUUAUUACUCCGAGAAAGGCUCGGAAUUGACAAAACUCCAAUAACCAAGAGUGAAAAGGAGGUGUGUAAUAUGGCUGCGAAAGCAACUGGAACAGAUGGCCGCGGAAGUCCAGUAAGGGCAAGAACGUUGUCUAAAGACUGUUAUGAACCUUGGGAAAUGACUGCUAGGGAAAGAGAAUUAGCAACUAAAUGUGUUAAACUCAUACAGGGUCGCAUACCAUCAAAAGAAUUACCAAAAAUUGGUGAUCUUUCACCAGCUGAGGAGCAAACUGAUAUGAGCAACAGCGUAUGCUCCAGCAUAACAUCACCUGUAUCUGCUAAUGACCUUAUCUCUCCUGAUAGAAUAAACAGGCCAAUUUUACCAGAACAAAUGAACUUCCUGUCUAAUGCUGGUCGCCCUGAUCAAGGAAACAUCAGUCCUUGUGACCAGACCUUGAUUUUGUAUGUACCAGAAGUUGAAGAGAUAAGAAUUAGUCCUGUAAUAGCUAGAAAGGGAUAUUUGAAUAUCCUUGAGCAAAAGACCAAUGGGUGGAAAAAGCGAUGGGUGGCUGUAAGAAGGCCAUAUGUAUUCAUAUUCAGAGAUGAAAAAGACCCUGUUGAGCGUGCUUUGAUUAAUCUAACUACUGCUCAAGUUGAAUACUCUGAGGACCAACAAGCGAUGGUCAAAGUGCCAAACACAUUUAGUGUUGUUACCAAACAUAGAGGAUAUUUAAUGCAGACAUUGGGUGAUAAAGAAGUACACGACUGGCUAUAUGCUAUCAACCCCUUACUUGCUGGCCAGAUCAGAUCAAAAUUAGCAAGAACUGCACCUACUGUAACCAGCUCCUCAGCAUCAUCGACUGGUGCUUCCACUCCAGCAAAAUAAUAGUAGAGCUUUUAUUAGUUAUGCACAUAUGGUGUACAUGAAAUUAAAUAAUAUUUAAGGCAAUUCGCAUCUAAAAAGUAUAAAAAUCGGUGUUUUAUGUUGCCUAUUUUGCAAUGUAAAUUCCUAAAAUGCAACCAAUGUGUCGUAGUUGUUAGCAAAAUGUGAGGAGGGAUUGUGUUCAUUAAUAAUAAUGAAGAAAUCUUAAUUAAGAUUUUUUGGUAAGGCUUUGAAAUACCUAAAAAGAAAACAAAAUCGUAAUUAUUUUUACUAAUUUCAUAUAUACUUACAUAGAAUCAUACCAGUCUCAUCAUCAACUCAACUUUCAAUGUAGAAAUGAUUUUGAAGUAUAUGAUGUGAUUAGUCUAAUUUCCUGAGCUUACAGAAACGUGUCUAGAGCUGGAAUUUACUUAGAAACUUAAGCGUAUAAAAAAUUUAAAUGCACAUUGCAACUGUGGUAUGUAUAUAAAAUGUCUAUAUUUUGUCUAUUUAUUAUAUUUGUUUUAAAACAAUUUUAUAUUUAUAUUUUUAUUUAUUUAUUUUUAAAGCAAACAAUAUCUUUUAUUUUGGUUUAUAAUAAUAACAGUAAUAACAAAAAAUGAAUAUAAUUAAAUUUCUUCAUUAAUAUUAGUGGUGACUAGGACCGAUGAGGUUGUUAAUAUUUUAGACCAUAUAUGUGAGGUUGUGAAAUAGCUUCAGCUUCAUGCAAAUUGCAUCAUAAUAAUAAAUGUGAUAAGUUUUGUCAGAAUUGUUAAUACACAUAUUAUUUUCAUGCUUCUUAUAAAUUAAAAGUACAUAAAGCCAUAUCACAAGGCAAGUCUUUGGUCCACUUUCCAAAACUUUAUGUUCAGUUAGAUAAUUUUAUAAUUGUACAUAGUUGUUCCAAAAAAAAAUUCCUUAAUUGAAAGUCUAAAUGUAUUUGAUAUAUCUAGCUUUUUUCACACCUCAGAUGAAAGAAGUUUAUAUCAUGCGAGAAAUAAUAAAUAAUAAUCUAUUAGCCAAUUGUGAUAGUAGCUGUAAUUUUUGUAUAUGAAUUUAAUUGUUUAUGUUUAAUUGAGUUGAAUUUUAUUUACAUACUUUAUUAUUUAUUCACUAUUUUAUGUAUGUGUGUUUAUUAUGUUUUGUUAGUUAAAAAAUAUAUAUAAAAUUUUUGUUAUUGGCUAAUAAUGUGCAAUCAUUAGGGCAAUAAAUAAGUCUGUUGUGGCUAACAACAAAUUGAGCCUUGAUAUCAAUACAACAAUGAUUUUAAAAUUUUAUCGCAAUAUUCUUUGCUACUUGCUGUGUAGACUUUUGAAAGGUUUGUGUGAUAAUUUCUAAUGAAAGUAUAAUAAACAUAGUUAAAUUUUAAUAGAGCAGUAUCUAUAACAAAAUUAUAUUAUCAAAUCAAUUCUUCUUCAGAUAAUGUAUUUUGCAGUUUGAUUCACUAUCAUGAAUUUUAUUAUUGAAAAAAGGAAAUGCUAUAAAAAUUUAAAUAAAACUACUAUUUUCAUGACCCCUUUGAAGACUGGCAGAAAAAAUGGAGUUAUUGUCACAUUGUUGUAUAUAGAUUUACCCAGUGUACUUUUUACACAAUGUGUUUAUAAAUCUUUCUCCCCCUUGUUUAAUUGUAUAAAUAUUUAUUGUCAUUAUGUAUAAAUAAAUGUGUAUUAUUAAGAUAUAAAGACCAAUUGUGUGUCUAAAUAAUGAUAUUGUGCAAUUUAAAGUAUAAUAGAAUCAUUAAAAUUAUUAAUAUCAUAAUUUGUUAUCAACAAUGGUUGUAAUUCACUUUGUUGCAUAUUUUGCAAUAAAUUUAGAAUUUACAGCUGCAUUGUUAAAAAGAACAUCAACAUAAUAUUGGAUAUUGUUCAGAAAUGGCUUGAUUAUUUUCUGAACCUAAUAUCUCUUGUUAAUCUGUUGCUAUUCUCAUACUGAAAUUAUUUUCUUAAAAAAUCUUUAAAUAAUUAAAUUUGAGAAGUCCAAAAGCAAAUCGAAACAAUGUAAUUAACUCUCAAAAUGCUUUAAUUUGUUAAACUUUAUUUCUGUUUUUGAUGAUAAAAUAAAUGUUACCUUUCAGACGAUAUAGUAUUGAAUGAAACACCUUUACAGUUAGUACGCUUUGGGUAUUUUUCAAAGAACUUAUUGUAAACAAAUACAAGUUUCAAAUUGAUAAUAUUUAAAAUAAUUACUCAAUUUUAUUUCUAUAAUUUUUAAUUUUUAAAAAUGUUUUAAUGGAAGAAACGAUAUUUUCCUGCUAGUGCCAUAAAUAAUCAAUUUUACAUAUUCCAUAUAUAUCUUCAUUUUGUUAUUUUUCAACUAUCUAUAUUUUAUUUUUGUAAUGUCCAGUUAAUUUAUUCCAGAGUUUUCUAACUUGUACAGAAUACACUUGGUUAUAAAUAAAAAUAAAAAGAAUGUAAUAAUCCAAACCAAUAAAAGCUUUGUAAAAUGAUGCCAUAUUGAUAUUUAACUUGCAGGGGUGUUGUGACAUUAAAAUAUUUAUGAAACAAG